AUGGCGAGAAUUUCAAAUUCCGAUGACGCUUUCUCGUCGGAGGAGGAUGAAGAGCGGGUUCAGAACAAUGUAGAAGAAGAAGACGAGGAGGAGAUCAACGCUGCUGCUCGUUCUUCUGACUCCGAUGAUGAUGAGGCAGCUGCCGCCGACCAAUCCCUAGUCUCCGACGAAGAUGCCGCCCCUAUUGAAGAUGAUUACGAGGACGAAGAAGACGAAGAAAAACUUGAAAUCAGAAAACGUGAGAAAGCGAGACUUAAAGAGAUGCAGAGGUUGAAGAAGCAGAAGAUUCAGGAGAUGCUAGACUCGCAAAAUGCUUCCAUUGAUGCGGAUAUGAACAACAAGGGGAAAGGGAGACUGAAGUAUCUUCUGCAGCAAACUGAGUUAUUUGCACACUUUGCCAAAAGUGAUCCUUCUUCUUCACAGAAGAAGGCGAAAGGAAGGGGUCGUCAUGCCUCCAAAGUUACUGAAGAGGAGGAAGAUGAAGAGUAUUUAAAGGAAGAAGAGGAUGGCUUAACUGGAUCUGGAAACACGAGGUUGCUCACACAACCCUCUUGUAUUCAAGGAAAGAUGAGAGAUUACCAAUUAGCUGGUUUAAACUGGCUCAUUCGGCUGUAUGAGAAUGGCAUAAAUGGAAUUCUUGCUGAUGAAAUGGGUCUGGGGAAGACUCUUCAGACGAUUUCUUUGCUGGCGUACCUUCAUGAAUACAGAGGAAUCAAUGGUCCCCAUAUGGUAGUUGCUCCAAAAUCAACCCUUGGUAAUUGGAUGAAUGAAAUUCGCCGGUUUUGUCCUGUCUUGCGCGCUGUGAAAUUCCUUGGUAAUCCUGAGGAAAGGAGACAUAUUCGCGAUAAGCUGCUAGUUGCUGGGAAAUUCGAUAUCUGCGUCACAAGUUUUGAGAUGGCCAUCAAAGAGAAGACAACCCUACGUCGCUUUAGCUGGCGUUAUAUUAUCAUUGAUGAAGCGCAUCGGAUCAAGAACGAAAACUCACUCCUUUCUAAAACCAUGAGAAUUUUUAGCACCAAUUAUCGGCUUCUUAUCACGGGAACCCCUCUUCAGAACAAUCUCCAUGAAUUGUGGGCUCUUCUCAAUUUUCUUCUGCCUGAGAUAUUUAGUUCAGCGGAGACUUUUGAUGAAUGGUUUCAAAUUUCCGGUGAGAAUGACCAGCAGGAAGUUGUUCAACAACUUCACAAGGUUCUUCGACCAUUUCUUCUUCGGAGAUUAAAGUCUGAUGUUGAGAAAGGUUUGCCACCAAAGAAGGAGACAAUACUUAAAGUUGGCAUGUCUCAGAUGCAAAAGCAAUACUACAAGGCUUUACUGCAGAAGGAUCUGGAAGCGGUUAAUGCUGGUGGAGAACGCAAACGUCUGCUAAACAUUGCAAUGCAACUGCGUAAAUGCUGUAAUCACCCUUAUCUCUUCCAGGGUGCAGAGCCUGGUCCCCCGUACACCACAGGAGAUCACCUUAUAACAAAUGCUGGUAAGAUGGUUCUCUUGGAUAAAUUGCUUCCUAAGUUGAAGGAUCGUGAUUCUAGGGUUCUGAUAUUUUCUCAGAUGACAAGACUUCUGGAUAUUCUUGAGGAUUAUUUAAUGUAUCGCGGUUAUCUAUAUUGCCGUAUUGAUGGAAAUACUGGUGGUGAUGAACGAGAUGCCGCCAUAGAAGCCUACAACAAGCCAGGAAGUGAGAAAUUUGUUUUCUUGUUAUCUACGAGAGCCGGAGGGCUUGGUAUCAAUCUUGCUACUGCAGAUGUCGUAAUUCUUUAUGAUAGUGACUGGAACCCACAAGUCGACUUGCAAGCUCAGGAUCGUGCCCAUAGGAUUGGUCAAAAGAAAGAAGUUCAAGUGUUUCGAUUCUGCACUGAGUCUGCUAUUGAGGAGAAAGUUAUUGAGAGAGCUUACAAGAAGUUGGCGCUUGAUGCUCUGGUAAUUCAACAAGGGCGAUUGGCAGAGCAGAAAACUGUCAAUAAGGAUGAGUUACUUCAAAUGGUAAGAUAUGGUGCUGAGAUGGUAUUCAGUUCUAAAGACAGCACAAUCACAGACGAGGAUAUUGAUAGAAUCAUUGCGAAAGGAGAGGAGGCAACAGCUGAACUCGAUGCCAAGAUGAAGAAAUUCACUGAAGAUGCUAUACAGUUUAAAAUGGAUGACAGUGCUGACUUCUAUGAUUUUGAUGAUGACAAUAAGGAUGAGAACAAGCUUGAUUUUAAAAAGAUUGUGAGCGACAACUGGAAUGAUCCACCAAAGCGGGAGAGAAAGCGCAACUACUCUGAAUCUGAAUACUUUAAGCAAACAUUGCGGCAAGGUGCCCCAUCUAAACCUAAAGAGCCUAGAAUUCCGCGCAUGCCUCAGUUGCACGAUUUCCAGUUCUUUAACACUCACAGAUUGACCGAGUUGUAUGAAAAGGAAGUACGCUAUCUCAUGCAAACACAUCAGAAAAACCAGUUGAAAGACACAAUUGACGUUGAAGAACCAGAAGGUGGAGAUCCCUUAACUGCUGAAGAAGUGGAAGAAAAAGAGAGUUUAUUGGAGGAGGGUUUCUCAACAUGGAGCAGAAGAGACUUCAAUAGUUUCCUUAGGGCUUGUGAAAAGUAUGGCCGCAACGACAUCAAAAGCAUCGCCUCUGAGAUGGAAGGCAAAACAGAGGAAGAAGUUGAAAGAUAUGCUCAAGUAUUCAAAGAGCGAUACAAGGAGCUGAACGACUAUGAUAGAAUCCUUAAGAACAUUGAGAGGGGAGAGGCAAGAAUCUCGAGGAAAGAUGAAAUCAUGAAAGCCAUAGGGAAGAAACUGGAUCGCUACAGAAACCCUUGGCUGGAACUGAAGAUUCAAUACGGUCAGAACAAAGGGAAGCUGUACAAUGAAGAGUGCGACCGUUUCAUGAUGUGCAUGAUCCACAAACUUGGGUAUGGGAACUGGGAGGAGCUAAAGGCAGCAUUCAGGACAUCGCCGUUGUUUAGGUUUGACUGGUUUGUGAAAUCCCGCACGAGUCAUGAACUCGCUAGGAGAUGCGACACUCUGAUUCGACUGAUUGAGAAAGAGAACCAAGAGUUUGAUGAGAGAGAGAGGCAAGCCCGUAAAGAGAAGAAGCUCGCAAAGAGUGCAACACCAUCAAAGCGAGCUAUGGGAAGGCAACCAAGUGAGAGUCCUUCAUCCUCGAAGAAGAGAAAGCAUCUGCGAUGA